UGACCAACACCCCGUGUCUCCGGCGACCUACAAGUAGCCCGUACGAAACCAGAUCUGUGCGGUCUUUCCCUUAUGUGAUUUCUACAGCAACCGCAGCGGUUCCCUCCAACGAGCUUCGUACAAUCCGAAUAGCAAAGACCCAUUUGAUUUUAUUAAGGGUCACUGGGUUCUUUGUGUUUAUGCUUCUAAUUUCUCCUCUGAGCAGGCUCUGUUGUGGGACUCUCUAGUGUCCAUUUGUUCGGCAUGGUCUGGUCCUUGUGUGGUGAUGGGUGAUUUUAAUGCUAUUCGGCACUCGUCUGAGGUGUUGGGUGGUAGUCCUGUUUUGACAGAUAUUGAGGAUUUUGAUGAUGUUUUGUUACAGGCCGAUUUGGUAGAGCCUCGUGUUUCUGAGUCUUGGUUUACUUGGACAAAUAAGCAUUUGAGGGAUGGUCUUAUUCUCAAGGGCCUUGAUCGUGUUUUGGUCAAUUCCGCUUGGUUUGGUUCCAUGCCUGUUUUUGAGGUUCAGGUUCGUGAGUGGGGUGUCUCUGAUCAUUGCCCUCUUGUUUUUCUUGUUGGUGCUGUGGUGCCUCGGUGCCGGCCAUCUUUUCGAUUCUUUGACUAUUGGGCUGCCGAUCGCCUGUUAUUGUCAGUUGUUCGGGACACGUGGAAGGUUCAUUCUCAGGUUUCUCCUCUUGUGAGUUUUGGUAUGAAUCUUCAUGCUUUGAAGCCUGUGUUGCGUCGUUUCGGUCAUCAUAUUGAUACUAUCCAUAAGAGUCUGCAGGAGGCACGUGCUCGUAUGCUUGCUGCUCAGGCUUUACUUUUGAGUGACCCUUCUUCGAUAGGUGCUCAGGAGGAGGAGAGGAUCCCUAAGAUCCCCAAUCCUUCGGGGUUAGGGGAUUUCCGCCCUAUCUCAUGCUGUAAUGUGUUGUAUAAGUGCAUUACGAAGCUUUUAGCUAAUCGGUUGAAAGUCUGGCUCCCCAGGUUUAUUAGUCAAAAUCAGUAUGCUUUCGUGCCCGGACGUCGUAUUGUGGAUAAUAUUUUGCUUUGUCAGGAGCUUGUUGGGGGGUAUCAUCUUAAUAAGUGAAGGGAUGUGAAUCCCGGA